AUGGGCCCCCGUACCGACUCCUCAUGCUGCUGCCAGGCCCGUAAUCUGUCAUGGGCCCCUGUACCACCUCCUCAUGCUGCUGCCAGGCCCGUAAUCUGCCAUGGGCCCCCGUACCGACUCCUCAUGCUGCUGCCAGGCCCGUAAUCUGUCAUGGGCCCCUGUACCGCCUCCUCAUGCUGCUGCCAGGUCCAGAGUGUGUCAUGGGUCCCUGUACGGCCUCCCAUUGCUGCUGUCUCCAUCGCCACACUCUGCCAUGUGCCACUUUCAGGUCUCCUCACACUACUGGUGGGUUCCAUUUUGUCAUAGGGUGCUGGCAGAUUACGGGCCUCCCAUUGCUGCUGCCAGGCCCGUAAUCUGCCAUGGGCCCCCGUACCGACUCCUCAUGCUGCUGCCA